AUGAAAGGAACGCUCAACUGGCCAAGAUGUUGGGGAUUCGACAAACAGCCUACCGAUCAUUACAUGAGGCCUUUCCAAGUGGCUCUCGAGAAAGACGUCAGCAAAACGCUUAGGAGAACCUACAGCAGAAGCAACUGUAUCGAACAACAUCAGGAUAUUCUUCGAUAUUUGCAAGACUUCAUGUAUUCCUAUAAAGACUCUGCUAGCCGAGGAUUGGAUGAAAGGAACGCUCAACUGGCCAAGAUGUUGGGGAUUCGACAAACAGCCUACCGAUCAUUACAUGAGGUCACUAGUAGUAACGAGCUUUAA